AUGUCCUCGCCGGUGGAGGAAGAGCCGCCCGAACAGCCAAGCACCUCAUUUCAACCACAAGAUAUUGAAUCCAGUCAGCAGCCGAAGAAAGGGAUCCUUAAACGGCCGGCCACUAAAGCGGAUAACCCGGAAAAAAAAGAGUCGAAUAUCCCCGUAUGGAGCGGAUAUCGAAAAUCACCAGAUCGAUUUCCAAACAAAGCCGAGACACGAAUACCAAAGCUCUCUGUGACCUGCGAUGAGAAUGGAACGGAUUCCGAUCAGAAUAUGAUGAAUGAUUUGGGGAAUGGGAGAGGGAAAGAUAAGCUUCGCCAAACUGCAAUACUUGACUCGGAUGAUGGAGAUGAGGGGCCACCGCCUGAGCCGACUAGCUCCGAAAAGAAAGAAGAAAUUAUUGAAGAAGAGGAUGAGGAUACGGAAGAAGAUCAAAAUCAAAGGCUUGAAACGAUGUCGGUUGCAAGCUCGACUGCAAGUGGUGGAUCUUCGAUAGUUGGUAGAUGGUGGGUAGCGAAAGAUACAAGAUAUGUGCCGCAUUGCGUGAAAAGGGGCUGUAAACAUUCUGGACAUGAUCAUCCUGAAGAAUACCUUACACCGACUCAACGGAAGGCCAAAGAAAUUUCCGAUUUAAAAAAGGAAUUGCAAAAUGUAUCGAGUGAGAGGGAUGAAAAAGAACGUCAUCUACAGGAAUUAAGGAGCAGGAUGGAUGAGAUUGAAAGUUUACGGGAUUCAAAUGCGGUGUUGACAGAGAGUCGAACGAGUGCACAGAGUCAAGAGAUCGGCCAAUUUGAAAAGGAGAGGAAAGCUAUUGAGAGAAGACAUGCCGUUCGGGUGAAUCAAUUGGUUCAUGAGACGAUGCAGGCCAGGGAGGAGAACGCGAAACUGGCGGUCCGCAUAAAGGGACUCGAGGAUCGUUACGUGAAAACGAGCCGAGACGAGGGCACGAUGACAGAUGUGAGCAGCGUGGAAAGCCCCUACACCCACAUUGCAAUCAUGCCUGACGCUUCCGGAACUAAUCUACACACCGUUCUUUCGCUUCCCGACAUGAACAACCCUAAAAUCGCAAUAUCAAACCCCAAUUCUCCGAUGAACUCGGCAGACGGAAGUCGACAACCGAUGUACAUGUCACCAGAAGCCGUCACUGCCAUGCAGGCUUAUAAGAAUGAAGCCUUCAUUUGGCGCAACAAAGCAGCACAACUGGAGAUUAUUAUUCGCGAUCAACUGAUCCGAUCCCCGAUUUCGGAAACCGCAGCCGGCCAGGAAAUUGAAAAAUUACGACGUGAAUGUCAGAGACUACGGGAUCUUUUAAAUGAACGAGAAGGUGGUAUGAUUGAUUCGGGAAUUGAUGCUCCACCAUCACCACAAAGAGAGGGACAGGCAAUGCACAGCCAAAAUGUGUCCGGGGAAUGCACAUUAGCAAAUUGCAUUGAGCGCAAGAAGAACUUAAUUGAUGAAAAUAAUGCGUUGAUCGAGACGAAUGAGGAAAUGACGCUUCGUAUCAGUGAGCUUGAGGAGGAUAUAGCCGCUUUGAGAAAAGAGUUGGAAACGUUUGAAGAGGAUUGUUUGAAGAAGGAUCAAAAGGUGGAACAAUUCCAAAAAGAAGCCGAUUCGAAGUCAGCUGAGACGGCAGCUGCGACCCUUGUCAUUACUAGGCUACAAACCGAAGCCAAAACAAUGCAAAAAGCUAUUUCCUACAUGGAAGAGAGAAUGACGGCUUAUCAGAAUGUUAUACUCGAUCAUGGGCUUGUCGUUCAAGAUGAAGAAACACAUAAUUGGAGGAGAGGAUUUUCAAAUCCAAAGUACAUAACCGCUAAUUCCAAAAAAGCUCAAACCACCCUUACUUCCGAUGCACUUAACAAACACAUGGACGAAUUCGACAGUGUACAACAAAAAUUAAAGAGCCUCCACGAAGAGUUCUCCGCCAAACGCACCGACCUCUCCGAUCGUUUCUCAGAAAUUGAGGCCAACUUGCUGACAAAGACGAAAUUGGUGGAGACGCUGACGAAACAACUUGAAGAUGUUAGAAAAGAUCAAAGACUCGCUUUAGAUCAACACCAAGUGGAGCGCAAUAACUACAAAAAGUCGCUGAAAGAAAUUGGCAAAAUUGCUGAGAGGGUCCCAGGCUUGGAAACGCAAAUUGAACAACUCGAAAAGGAGAAGAGUGAAUUCGACUUCAAAUUCAAAGAAGCCCAGGAAAAUUACGAAAAGGGAUUGGAAGAUGCCCUCUCGGAGUCCCUGAGAAAAUAUCAAGAACAAAGCCAUUAUUGGAAGGACAAAUGUGUAUACUACGAUAACACGAUUACGAAAUUGAGGAAUGAGAUCGAGGCGAUGAAUAAGGACAAAGAAGAGCUGAGGUUGAAGGCAAAAAUGAAUAAGGCUGAUUUGGAGCAUCGUUUAGCUAGCAGUAUUGAGCAUGCAUCACAGAUGCAUCACAAGAUGAGCAAACCAAAGCGGGAUGUCGAAGUAGAGGCAAAGCCUAGACAAUCUAACAAGUAUGUUGCUUGCCGCCCAUAUGCGAAAGAAAAGGGAACUCACAUUGAGAAGGGAGAAUUGUUCGAUGAGCGUGAAGAACGCUUAAAGCUCUGCCAAGGAGAAUUGAGCACGACUAGACGGCAAGUCCAAACACUGCAGCAAAAACUAUUGAAUUACAUGAAAGAAAAGAAUGAAAAAUCUCGAACACGGGCAAAAAUCCCAGGCGUGUUGAGCAAAGAAUCGGAAAUCAACGACGAAAAUAAGGAACAGCGCCAAACUAAUGGGUCUGAGGCGGCAAAGAAGGAUGAUGGGACAUCUAAUGACUGUUCUCAAAUAUCUCAUAAAGAUGAUGAGAUUUUUAAAUUAAACCGAGAAAAGGAUCGACUGCAUGAAAAGAUCGGCGAGGUUGAAGAGGAGAAAAAUCGGUUGGUGAAAGAAGAAAGAGCACGAAUUCAGCAGCUCGUUGCCGAAUUUGAUAAUGUUAGGAAUGAAUUGGACCAGGAAAUUUGCCGAUAUGAAUCUGAACGGAAAUGGCUCAAAAGUCGCAUCGAAAAUUUAGAAAAAGCCAAUACCGAACUAGAAAAGCUCAACGAAAAAUAUGCUACCCCAAGCCCUGUAGCUGCUGUAAAGGCGCCCACGAAAGAAGAAAAAAUGAAAGCAAUGAGGGAGGAGAAGAUUCGAAGGACAUUUUCUGACACGGAUCUUAUUAGCGAUCUCGAGGAAUGUGAGGUGGCACAACUAAAAGAGAAGGUUGCCAGUCUCAACAGGGAAAUGCUAAAAGUUCAUGGAACGAUUGUUAAAACAGCUAUGGCAGCAAAAGAGGCUACAAAGAAUACCGGAGCUGACCAAGGGCGGAUUGGCUCUGCUUUCAAUACAUUGGUGGAAGAUAUUAAUAUGGUAAAAGGUGAUCUCGAAAAGGUUCUGGUACGCAUCACCCCCGAAACUGCGACUACCAUACCCGAAGAACCCAAACAACAAAUCCUCAAAACCGCAUCAACUAAUGAUGCUGCCAAUUCGGGUCUACUGGAGAAGGUUAUAUAUGAAUGGGAUGCCGAAAAUUCUACAAGUCUCGCCAAAGAUUUGGCUAGGUCCAGAUCUGAACGUCAAUUUUUAAAAUUACAAAAUGAGCGACUUCACUUGGAACUCGCCCGCUCAAAUAAUGAAUUGGAGAUUCUGAGGAAGGAACCGCUGAAUUCGACACCGGCUGAUCCAGAAACUGCAAAAAUGAAACGAAGCAAAAGUAAUGUGGAGCUGGCUGAAGCAUCGGCCGAGAAAAAGGAGUGCAAACAAUGGCAAAAUAAGGCGGGUACUCUAUUCCGGGAAGUCCAUAGAAUGCGUCAGGACUAUACUGAUGCAUUAAAGGAUAGGAGAGAGCUAAAGAUUCAAUUAGCGAUGAUUCGCGGUGAACUUGAAUUGACAAGGAUACAAUUAGCGGAACAACAAAGAAGAAGCCCCACAUCUCUUCUUUCCCAUUCAUUCAUAAUGAACCGUGACGGACGGGAAAUGAUAAAGGAAAUGAGCGUGCCAGUCCAUCUCGGAAAUUCCGACUUCAAACUGACUGGAAAGCACACACCAACCGGAAGCCAGAUCUUGGUGGAAGCGUCAGAGCCCGAGCCCAGUGUUGCUCCGGUGAAAGCUGAUCGUGAAAGUCGUAGUUCUGUGGUUGAACGAGUUUCUUUCAAAAUUCGCAUGCCAUCAAGCAAUGAAAGGGCGACGGAAGAGACCAAGAAAACACGGCAACGAAGAUCAGAAUCUGCUCACGCUACAUUGGCCAAGAAGCUUCCACAAUUAAUCGCCACCCAAAAAUCCAAUGCCACCUUGAUGAGCCAGUCGUGGCACGCAGAACGUGAGAAUGGCUCAUUGUCAGAGCAAGAAGACGUACAACCGCCUGUUAGGACGGUGCAUCUUCGGGAGAAGGUAAAAAUCCUUGUUCGCGAAAAUAAAGUGCUACAAGAAAAGCUCGAGAAUAUGGAAAAAGAGACAAAGAAAACCCCGUUGCCAGUCCAGAUUGUGGUCCCGAACCGAUCGAGCCAGAUUGAUAUCUUGGAGCAAGAGAAUAAGCGGUUGAAGCGCGAGUUGAAGAAGGCUAGAGAUUCUGCUACGCCUGGUUCGAUGAGCAAUCGAUCAUCUGCAAGCAUCGAUGUGGAUACUUCCAGGAUGUCGGAAGACAGUAGCCAGUUGAGGACGGAAAUUGAGAAGUUGGAGAAUUUGGUAAAAGGCGAACAAUCCCAGCCGUCGAAAAUGACAAUCGCGCAACAAUCUGAAAAAUCGAAGACUGAGCAGAAAACCGAUUCGGAAUUCUCGGAUUCGCGUCUUUCUCAAGAGCGUGAUGAUCUCAAGCGGAAAGUGGAGCAACUCGAAAUGGAGCUCAAAAUGUCUGCCUCCACAUCAAGUAUGGAUACAUCAAAAAUUAUCGAUAGGGCUUCGAAGACUGACGAGGAAAUCGAGAAAAUGGUCGAAGAGGCUACCCAUAGUUCUAAAAAAGAAGCACGACUGCUGCGGGAUCGGGUUGAGGGGUUGGAACGACACAUGCAUACGGAAAAGGAACAGUUGCAAAAUGAGCACGCGAAAAGGGUUGAAACCUUGGAGCGUGGGCGCAGGAAUGUGCUGCAGGAAAAUACUUUGAUGAUGCAAAAGCUCGAGAGUAUGGGCCAGGAAAUUGAACAGAAUAAGGAGUUGCGGAAAUCGCUUGAGGUCGAGAAUAAAGCGCUCCAAGAUAAGGCUAAAAUAUUGGAAGACAGGAACUCGAUUUUGGACGCGGAAAACAAAAAGCUCGCCCAUGCUCUUAGAGAAAAUGCAGCAAAAAUUGAGCAGCUGAUUUCGGAAAGCAACAUCUUACGCUCCGAUCUGGAAUUGGCAAAACAAUCGGCUACACAAGCUACCGAUGAACUCGAGAAACACCUAGCUGAAAAAUCAACAUCCACAGAAGAAAAUACGUGGCUCACAAAAGAGAACGAAAGCCUGCGAGAAAAUAUCGAAGAAUUAAAGAAGCAACUGGAGGAGGAUCUUACUAACGAUACCGAUUCUAAAACUGAGAACCACUCUUCUAUUUGCAUUUCUUAUUUUAAGAAUGGCAGCUAUGAAUCAAUCCAAAAAGAAAGUGUCAAACAGGGCUCUUCUACUGCCUCCGACGAUUUGAAACUCAAAAUGGAGCUCACCAAGCGAGAAAACGAGCUAUACGCAAAGAAAAUCAAAGAAAUGGAGCAGGAACGAGCGGAUAUGUAUGCUGUUAUGUUCCGGAAGGGGCAGCAAGCAGUGGCUUUCGCUGCUCAAGAGGAUCGAGUCGUCGAUCAAUUAACUGAAGAUCGAAUUACAUUACGCUUCCUACACGAUGCGUUUUAUUAUUAUUUAUUGAACCGCGGCGAGGAAAAGGAUCAUCUGACGGUAUUUUUGAAA